GUUUAUCAAUUGGUUGUAAAAUUUGUAAAAUUUCUAGAAGUUUAAUAAAGAACAUCGGUUCAUUACAUGCUUUCCUGUAUCACUUCACGCAUUGCAUUAGAGUGACACUUUUUUUGCUCGGGGAGUAAAUGUGCGACUGUGUAGAUCUGAGAGGGUCCAUUUCUCAUUGGGAUGUAAACAUACACGAGCGGACUUCGGUCUCGGUUCGCACAGGACAUUUCGACUCUUCGACAUUGAAAAAUGAAUGUACUGAGUGAAACAAAGCAUCUUGCAAAAGUGCUACAAUGUACUCACUCACCUCACGCAGGUAUAUUUAAGGACUCCACAGUUCACUCUGUACGUGUUACCUCAGUUUUUGGUCGUUCUUUGGGUGGUUUUAAGCAGUGAAGAUGGGGUGAAGGUGAUUGCUGAGCGUGGAGAGGACUUGGAAGGGAGUUAUUAUGGCAGGCCUACAACCAGGGGUGACAUGUGGCUAGGGGGUUCCAAACAACUGCCCUUUUUGCAGGGAAAAGCUAGGUCUGUCCUUGAUCUAGAUACACACAAGUUUCAUGGCUCAGCAUUACCUCCACUGACUCCAGGAAGACUGAGGCUGUAUAGUAUGAAAUUUUGCCCCUUUGCACAGCGAACAAGACUGGUUCUGGUACAUAAGAACAUCCCCCAUGAAGUGAUUAAUGUCAACUUGAAGCACAAACCCAAGUGGUUGUUUGAAAAGAAUCCAAAAGGACUGGUGCCAAUACUGGAGCAAGACAACAGGAUUGUGUUCGAGUCUUUGAUAUGUGAUGAAUACCUAGAGGACAUGUACCCAGAGAAGCCUCUCAGACCCAGUGAUCCAUAUAUUAAGGCCAGGCAGAACAUUUUGGAAGGUUACUUUGAGCAGGUCCUUCGUAGCCUGUACAGCACUAUGUUUACAAGGAACCCUGAGAAGAAACUGAGGGGAAGGGAAAAUUUACUGAAAUCCCUGGAGAUAUAUGAAACUGAACUGGAGGGGAAAUUCUAUGGAGGUGAUGAAGUUGGCAUGCUGGACUUUCACUUGUGGCCAUGGAUAGAGCGUAUCUACACCAUAUCACACAUCACAGGGCUGGAAUUUUCUGUGGAAAAAUUUCCCAAGAUGAAUGCUUGGAUCCAAAGGAUGUACCAAACACCAGCAGUCAAAGCCACAGCUCUGCCAGGAGAGGUACAUGCUGCCUUUUUGAAGUCAUUAAUGGACAGAUCGCCUAACUAUGAGAUAGAGGUGCCAGCUUCCCGACUGUGAUGAACGAGGCAGAUGUCAGCCAUAAUUGGUUGUAUGCAGUGCUCUUUUUCUCCACCUUGCACUGGAAAGACUGUCUACAGAGAGUAGAAAUUUAAGUUUAAUGUGAGUAAAAAGUUGCAUUGUUCACUUUUUACAUAUUAAAUUGUGGGAUGAAAAAAGGAUCAUUGCAUACAACCUCAACUUGAUUUACAUCGAGGUGAACUUAUCCAAGACUGCAAUUUUGUGUAAUACAAUACGCAUAGGGGCAUUGGCUAAAUUGCUAAAUAAAUGGCUGCAUUGGAGCUUGCACGCACAUAUUUUAAAAAUGAAAUUGACCAAUGGUUUAUAAGGCAAAAAGAGAUGAACUAUGGGCGUGAAAGUCUCCAUAAAAUGGAGAGUCAGUAACAGAGCAUGUUUUCAAAACUUUGCUGCUGUGACAGGAAUGGUAGUCUUAAAAUUGGAAGUACAGGGUCCCAUAUUAUUAGUACAGGUUAGUAUAUGGGACGAAUGUCACCUGUACAAAGUAAUGGGGAACGGGCUAUGGUUUUUAGCAGACUACCAUUCCUGUGACAUUGGCAUUUAGCAUGGGGCCAUUGUUUUAAAUGUCACUAAGCACAAAAAUCAAUGUGGUUAUGGUCAUUUAUACCAACAGAACACCAUUAUUUAAAAACAGCAGUAUUAUGAAGCCACUGUAGUAUUCUGAUUUAAGGCAGUUGAUUCAUGACACCAAUUUUUUCCAACAGCAUUAAUUUAGUAGAUAGAAGAUAAGUAGGAACAAAGUAGAUCAUUAUUAUGAGCAGUCAGGUGGGUCUUAAGAGUUAAUACCUAACAGAUUAGAUAAAAAGAAGUAUCUUAUAAAACAUAAGCUCUGAUUUUUAACUAACAAUCAAUCAUUUGGUAAGUGUUUUGAGUGAUAAUUCAUUCCCAAUCAUGGAGGCCACCUUGAUAAAGUGUUUUUUUUGCCUCUGCCUUAAAUUGCAAAGUUUAUAUUUUAUGGAGCUAGACUCUUGGUUGAUAAAAAAGUAGAUAAACAAUUAUAUAUAAGACAAUGAAAAUGAAUAUUUAUUUUGUUUUUAACAUCGAUUCCUGUCUUACACUUAAUGUUGCUAUGGUAACCAUGUUUUAAUGUUAUCUAAAGCUGUGAUGUAAAUUAUUUUUUCAUGAACCAGAUGUUUGAAGGUUAUUUUUUUAUGGAAUGCAAUCUAACAUGUUCAUUAUAUAUAAUCCGAUGAAAUUAUGUAUCCUCAUCUGUUGCAAAAUUUAAAUGAAUUUAGACUAUAUACUUACAAAUAAAAUUUUUACAAUUUG